AUGGAUAGCCCACACCAAGCACAACCAUCAACUAAUAUUAAUCUUGAUGAGAUUGAUGAGAUUGACGUCGAUCUUGACCUCGACAUGGACACACCGGUUCCCCGUCCCCGUCCCACCGACCAAUCAAACGCUACAAUCCCUACCCCACCGUUCAAUGACACUAUCUGGGAGUCUUUGGAGGCCGCUCGCGAUGAGAUUGACCGAUUUGCUAAGCAGCAUGGCUUUGCAACUGUUAUUCGAAGGUCAAAGAAGACCAAGAAGGGUGUUCUUAAGACAAUAAAACUAGGAUAUUCCCGCGGACGCUCAUACAAGUCUAAAAGCACCGGCCAACAUAAUGUUAGUACCAUAAUUGAGACUAUACUACCGGAAGAACUAGGCGGUAAGGAGUUGAUGCCGGAAAAGUAA